AUUUUUUCCAGCUUUUUACUAAAUGAAUUAUUCCUUAUUACUAGGGAUUAUUUUAUUGCUCAUAUCUAAUACUAUUCGUAUAGCGGCGUUUGCUGUAGUAAAGCAAAACUACCAAUAGCGAUUUUCAUAGAUAGAAAGCAAAUUCGUCUGCAGAUAUAAGGAGGAGUGGUCGGCGAUUUUAAUUAACCGAUAAAAAAUAUAUAUUUGUCUUUGAAAUCAGGUGCUUCUAAGAAUAGUUUUGUUGUAGAGAGAUAAGAAGGAAUUCUCCGCCAAAAUGCCAGAUAAGCUGCCAAAAAGUGCCAACAUAGUCCCCCAAUCCUGCGACACCUUCGUUGCCCUGCCGCCUGCCACUGCACUCAAUUGCGUCGUGUUUGGAAAAAACUCGGACCGGCCUAAAGGAGAGGUGCAAGAAGUCGUCUAUUUCCCCAGUGAAAAUCACCCAUCUGGAUCAAAAGUUCAGUGUACGUACAUUUCGAUCGACCAAGUGGAGCACACACAUGCCGUUAUCUUGAGCAAGCCCGCAUGGAUGUGGGGUGCGGAGAUGGGCGCCAACGACGCCAACGUCUGUAUAGGCAACGAAGCAGUCUGGACGAAACUUUGCGGCGAUGAUGACCUCGAAGAACGACUUCUGGGCAUGGACCUUGUCAGAUUAGGAUUAGAACGCGCCAGCACUGCCCGAGAAGCCGUCGACGUCAUUACGUCACUACUCGAAGAACACGGACAAGGUGGUCCAUGCUCGGACACCAAACCAGAUUUCUCUUACCACAACAGUUUCUUAAUUGCUGACAGAAAAGAGGCCUGGGUCCUCGAAACCGCCGGCAGACUAUGGGCAGCUGAACAUGUAACUAGUGGGUGUAGAAAUAUUUCCAAUUGCCUUACAAUUGAAACGAAGAUUGACUUAAUGAGCAAAGACCUUAAAGAGCAUGCUCAGUCAAACGGAUUCUGGGACGGACAAGGCGACCUCAAUUUCGCCGCAGCUUACGGAAAGGAAAACGAAAGUGCUACUUCAAGAUUUGAGCGUGGAAAAGAAUUACUGAACAAAUUUGCAGCUUCAGGAGAAUUUGGUACUUUAUCCAUGUUUGAAAUCCUAAGAGAUUGUGAAGGUGGAAUCUGUAGAGGAUUGGACCAUGAGUUCCCAACUGCUGCUUCUCAAGUUUCUUCUUUGCCACAUCCUGAUUCACAACACUCCUCCUGUCACUGGUUUACUGGUACGCCAGAUACAGCACAUUCUGUAUUUAAACCUUUCGUUUUCUGCUCAACUAAUCGUAUUUCUAAGCACAUUGUUUCGCCCACUUACCCUGACAACGAAGAUCCUGCAAAGGUAAAGCCAAGGUUUCAAAAACAAGUGGAUCGUGCUCACACAUUAUACAACAAACACCAAAAAGCCUAUCCUCUUAUCACAAGUGAUAACCCUAAAGGGCAAGAAAUCAUUUCGGUUUUGCGUCGUCUUGAAACACAAUGUGUAAAGGACAUGGAGAGUUUCGUCGAGAAUUUCACUGCAGAUAAAGCGAAGGAAGUUGAAGAUAUAUUCAAAGAUCUGGUAGAAUCGGAGAUGAAGUUCUACUACAUUAAGUAAAAAAAAAAAAUCCCGUGCAAUGAAUUAGCAUAUUUUGAUUAAUUAACACUCGAGUAUUUAUUGUAAUAAGCUUAGCUUUGAUAUCUCUUUCAUACACAGUGCAUCUCUUUUUCAUAUAUAAUGUGGCUUAUAUUCUUUACUGGUGGCCUAAAGCAAAGUAAUUGGUAUGGGUUCAAUUAUGUUAGUAGUAUUCUCACUGUUUAAUCAUUCAAACGUUUGUAAUAGAACUGAAUAGCAUACAGAUAAUGCUAUAUUUAGCUCUGGUUAAUUUAAAAUUAUAGCCUCAAUCUGUCAGAAAAAUAGUGUAAGGAAAAAAAUAAUGCUAGGAAAGUUAUAAUAGAACGUUUUCGUUUCUUUUAUUUUUCUCUGUGGACUUUUUAAAUAAGAAGCUUGUAAAAAAAGUUUUAUUUUAGUAUUUUUAAAAACUUAUUUAUUGAUUUAAAAAACUGAUUCUCUUCCUAUACAUUUCAUGCAGCUAUUUACUAAUCACAAGAAUGGCAAAUUAUCUUGUUUAAAUACCCAACUGUAUUUCAAAAGUAUUAUGUUUCUUGCAUAUUGGAUUUUUAACUCAUAAUUCUAAAAUUUUCUUGAAAAAAAAGUUUAAUGUAUCAAAUAAAAAACUGUCAUUUUUUUU